ACUAUUUGAGGUUAUGUUUAGUUUGACACAAAUGAUAAAUGUCAAAACUCAAAACAUUACAAUAAUAAAAAGUAGGAAAUCAGUAAUUAUUAUGCAACAUUAUAAUGAAUCAAUAGUGUUUAAAACGAUGUGAGUGCUAGUAAAGUUCUUUCCGUCGCUUGUCGCAUGAUUUUCAACAUUUUGUUUCUUGAGGUUAUGUAAAAACGGAUUUGGGGAUAUGGCAUUUUAUCUGAGUCGAUUUUACAUGAAUACCCCUCGAUUUUUAUCACUGCAUAUUUUAACUCGAGUGUUGCCUCAAUUUUACUCAAAAUUUGAGGUCGAUGUUAUUGACGAUUUUACAACCCAAUUGAUGCAAAGAAAAAUCGAUAAGUGGGAGUUGAAGAAGCGGCAAAACCAAGCCCUGUUGGAGAAUAUAUCAAAAAGUGACGACAAACAUUUAAAAGAAAUGUCUGUGGAAAAUAUGGGAAGUGAUCAACUUGUCUUUCUCUUCCAAAACGCAAUAGAUAAUAAUGAUGCAGAAGCUGUAAUAAAUUUAAUUAAAUUGUGCAUUCAACACAAAAAAUCGCCGACAAUUAAUAUUGUGGUUAACGUUCUUUCAAUUUGUGGGGAAAACGGUGAUAAAGAGACAAUUUCCCAAAUUGAGGAAUUAUGUAAAGUACACUAUCCCACUGCACUUGAGGAAAAUUCGAAUUUUCGACAUUACCUUGCAAAGGCAAUAUGGGUGAAAGGAGAUAUUUCCAAAGCAUUGGAAAUAUUUGAAAAUGUUUAUCGUGAAAAUCCAUUUUUGCGGCGAAAAAUCCGCCUCAUGUUAAAAUACUUAAUAACAGAUUUAAUUACAAAUGGCAGUGAAGCUGCAUUAGCAAACACGAUUGCUUUCUCAGAAAGGAUUUUAAGAGAUUUUGAAGAUUUAAGUCCCCUCACUUACGUGUGGCAGGCUUGUUUCUUGAGUGAGUGGUUUUCUGAUCAGAGUAUAGCUUUAGAACUACUAGAAAAACACAACGAUUUGUGUAAAUCUGUGAUUAAUAGAAUCCCUUAUGUAGUUUUUGUAUCACUGAAGUGUCACAGAACUGAAGUUGUGUACAGGUUAUUAGAAAUUUUACUGAAGUUUAAGAUGAAACAACAAUAUUCCAACGUUUUGGAAUCUCUUUUGGAGUAUCAAUUUAGGUAUGGCGAUUGGAGUCAAUGCUCGGAAAUUAUUAGGUGGGCAGUUGACAAUGGCGUGACUUUACCUAAAAAACAUCAUAUAAAAUUAAUAAAUUCCAUGCUUAAUAAAAAGAUGAAGACUCCUUUGGCCCCGUUGGAACAGGAGUUGGGUGAGAUACCAAAGUGGAAGUUGUAAAUUAAGAAAAAAGGAAUAAUAAAACAGAUUUU